AUCUUGAACAUGAGAAAGUAGAGCGACGAAAAGAACUCAAUAUAAUAGAUCCAUCUGAUCGUAAGCUUCUAAUGCAAGAAUUUUCACAAGUUGCCUAUUUAUCUCCAAGUAUAAAACGGAAUGAAUCAGCAAAAAAACUACUUGAAAUGAAAAAAGUUAUUAAAUUUGAAAUAACUAGUGAAAAAAUCUAUGUUGAGGUCAAGUCUAAAUCUUCCUCUAGGUUUAUUUAUACAAUCUGUGUAUAUGGACAGCCAACAGAUAUUUGUUGUCAAUGCUUUGACUUUCUUCAAACUGGUAUCUUGUGUAAGCAUCUUCAUGCUGCUGCUCUUUAUAUCAAUAAACUUCAUAAACAAGAGCAGUAUAUAUAUUUACCCGAAAUAACUUUUUCAACUUACCAAGAAGCUCAACAAAUUUAUUAUAAUCAAUAUGCCGACAGAUCAGAAAUGCUGAUAAAACAUAUUCUUGAAAUCAAUGCUUUAGUAACAUCACCAUUUAAUAUACCUGAAUCGACAGAACCAAUAUCUAAUGAAGUCAAUAUUGAUACUUUAAAUACUACUGCUAUAUGCAAACAAGAAUUUAAAGAAUUCUUAGAAUCUACUUUGAGAAGUCUCCAAAUAUUGCAAGAAAAUUCAAUAUUGUUCCAGAACCUAAUUGAAUCUGAACAAUUAUCAAUGCAAGAACUAUAUAAUAUGAAUGAUAAUCGUACCCUAAUGACUCACCUUCGCGACCUUAUUGCUUCAAGCUCUUUCAAAGAAGUACAAAAUUUGGUAGACAUAAUGUAUAAAGACACAAAUCCUCAUAGACGUGUAACUUCUGGUGCUAAUAUUCUUCCGCUAGAGCGAGAGAUUAAACAACAACGGAGACAAUCCUACAAAAGCUAA